AUGGAGCAUCCUCCUCGUUUGUUCCUGGGCAACAUUCUUUGGAACACCACGCAGAACCAGAUUCAACAAGUGCUGGACAAGUACAAGGUUGGCAUGAAGGAAAACAGUACCCGCAAUUUCCAAAGACUACCAGUCAAAGCGGACCUGGAACACAAGACAGGGGGAAUCAAACUGUACCUGUCAGACAAGAAGUCGCUCAUGAAGGAGUUCCCCAUCAACGCCAAGAACAGAAACCGUUUGUGCUCCCCAGAGCCUUCCAGCAAGGGUUGGGGCAAAGCCAUGCUUUCAAGCAAACAUGGCAAACGCUGCAACCUAGCCAACCCUGCCAGCAUGGAUUCCAGCAGCCUGGCCCCAGUCUGUUUGGUGGACCUUUUCAGUCUGGUGGGCACAGUUGCGCACCUGUGCAUUCUGCCCAGCCAAUGCAUCAUGGGGCAGCCUUUGAACCUAUGA